UUUGGGUCUCCUUACUGCCACUCUCUCUUACACACACUUGUGUGUGUAAACUCCCUCAAAGCUUCGGGAUUCUAAAAAACUUCAUCCAAUUUUCGCUUCUGAAUCACAAAGUCGCCUCUGUUUGUUCACAAAUCUCUGCAUUCUCCAAUGCCGAUUCUUCUUCCACUCUUUGGAUGUUUAUGUAGGACGGUGUUUAGGUGUUGACCGGCUUUUGACCGCAACCCGCUAGAAGCACCAUGAAAUUUGUAACAAAGAAAGGACUCAAGGCAAUAGUGCCACUCCGUUUAAAAGGAAAAUCAGGCAGUCGUUUUUGUUUUUUCCCAAAAGUAAAAGCUGAAUUCGAGCCAGGAAACACGCCGGUUUAUCUCAAUGUUUAUGACUUGACACCCAUGAAUGGCUAUGCUUAUUGGGCUGGAUUCGGCAUCUUUCAUUCUGGCGUAGAAGUUCAUGGUGUAGAAUAUGCAUUUGGAGCUCAUGACUAUCCAAGUAGUGGUGUGUUUGAGGUCGAGCCACGACAAUGCCCAGGGUUCAAGUUUAGGAGGUCAAUAUUAAUCGGGACAACACGUCUAAACCGAGCUCAGGUCCGCGAAUUCAUGGAGCAUCAUGCCGCAAACUACAAUGGUGACACAUAUCACCUAAUUGUCAAGAACUGUAACCAUUUCUGCAAUGACAUUUGCUACAAGUUGACUGGCAAGCAAAUCCCUAAAUGGGUUAAUCGACUCGCUAAACUCGGUUCGGCAUUUAGCUGUGUGUUGCCAGAAGCCCUAAAAGUGUCGGCAGUACAUGAUCCGCGUUGCUUACCGUAUGAGAGUGAGAAGAAAAUGCUGAGAAGCACUAGUUUUAGUUGCUUAGCGUCGGUUUCAUCAAGGCAGAAACACUUGUCAACAUCGUCACUGUUUCUUCAGUCACCUUUAAAGGGCUGUCUACCAUUGAGACCUCGUGUGCACAACGACUGAAACCUCACAGCUUAGAGCUUGUUUUUUUUUUUUUUUUUAAAUUAUUAUUGUUUGAGAAAUAUCCUAAAACGCGGGUUCGGUUUGGUUUGGUUUGAUUGUUAAUUAGUUGUAAUCAAAGCUUAGGAGAGUGAAUGUUCUUGUUAACCAACGUGGGUACAGAAGUUGUUUAUAAUGAUAUGAUACUGUUGGUUGGUUUUCAUGCA